AUGGAGUCUAAAGCAUGCACUCUCUUGUUCAUUCCACUAAUUCUUACAUGUAUGAGAUCAGUGAGCAUACCUAAAGCCGAAGCAAACUACGUAAGGUACCAUAGCUGCAAUACUGUAAAAGACUGCAUUAAAGAUAUAGAUUGUCUGAUUGCACCGGUUCAAUGUUUAGACUCACGGUGUACAUGUAUUCUAAGUUCAACACUCUCAAGCAGAAAAAACUUUAACCUUAAACCAGCAGAGACGCCAUUAGGGUGCAAGAAAGCAAGUGAUUGUGAAGAUAAGCUCAUUUGCGUUUCCGGAAAGUUUGUCUGUGAAAAUUCACAAUGUCACUGCUUAGAUGGUUAG